GUUCUGGAUAUGGUCGAUAUGAGCCAUGUCGGCCAAUCGGCAUUGGCAGGCGCCGCUCCGGUUUAGCUUCAAGCUUGUCCUGUCAUGGUAUCUAUCAGGAUAAGGAAGACGGAAACAGCCCGUCAUUUCAAAUCAUCCAUCACAGAUCAAAGGUCUCCCCAGCUUUAAAUCGACACAACAUAACUUUAACAUCUCCGAUACACGCUUACCUAUUCGAAAAUAUAUAACGCUCGCGAUGUCCGCAGACGACCAGGCAUUCCUAGAUGCCUUAAACUCCGUCCCGCGCCAUGUCCAGCGCUACUCAAAUGAUAUCGCAAACUAUGUGGAAGACCAUGUCGACAGAGUCGCAAGGAAGCUGAGGGAUACUCUAGCAUCAGCAGACUGGAUACCAGAAUCAGCAAGGCCUCGACCAGUUGCCAGAGCUCCAGAGCCAUCAUCGGUUACUGCCUUGCCAGGUGGUGUGUAUGCUCGUGUGCAAGCAUGGGUGCUUAAGAACAAAGUCUUCACCACCGCCAUCGUCGCAGGGAUUGGAGCGUCGGCAUAUAUGGUGCAAAGGAGGAAAGCAAAUUACAACAAGAAGAGGAGGGCAAAGCGUGGCACCAACGGAGCGAGGUUGGAAGUGGUUGUGAUAUCUGGGUCAAUGAAUGAGCCGCUUGUGCGGUCACUUGCGCUGGACUUGGAGAGAAGGGGCUUCAUCGUUUUUAUUGUCUGCGACGAUGUUCAAGAGGAGCUCCGAGUUCAAAACGAAGGAAGAGGCGACAUCAGGCCUUUGGUUAUUAAUGUCUCCACUUCAAAACUCGGACACGAUGGCAUCGAACGAUUUGCACAAUUCCUCCAAACGCCACAACAUGCCUUCGACACUGCUCGCGCUCACUACCUCCAGUUUACAGCCCUUAUCGUCAUACCAACCCUCACCUAUCCAAACUCACCAGUCGCCACACUAUCUCCGAUCGACAUCCAAGAUGUCAUCAACACCCGCCUCCUCCACCCAAUCCUCCUAACACAAGCCUUCCUCCCCCUCCUCAGCGCACCAACAUCACAACACCACCACGCCCACCCUCCCCCACAACCAAAACUCCUCCUCCUCACCCCCGUCAUAAUAUCCUCACUGAACCCCCCCUUCCACGCCCCCGAAUCCAUAGUCAGCGCCGGCCUAAAAUCCUUCACCGCUACCCUCUCCGCCGAGCUCUCCCCCCUUAACGUUCCACUCAUCCACUUCAAGCUCGGCUCCUUCGACACCAACCCCAUGGUUCCCAAGAACCAACUCGCCACCCUCUCCGGCCACAGCGCCGAAGCGCGGACCUGGUCCGAUGAUGCGCGCGAAGCUUAUGGUGGCAAUUUCAUGCGUGUGGCUGGUAGCGCAGUUGAGAAGAGGAGUAAGGGGAGUAAUCUUCGGGAGCUGCAUAAUGCGGUGUUUGAUGAGAUGGCGAAAACGGGGUGGAGGGCCGGGGGGACGGUGAUGGUGGGUAGGGGGGCGAGGCUGUAUAGUUUUGUUGGGGCGUGGGCGCCGAGGGGGUUGGUGGGGUGGAUGAUGGGGGUAAGGAGGGUGGAGAGGCCGGCGUCGGGGGUGAGUGUUAGUAGUACUGGGGGGAGCAAUGUGGAUUUGGAGGCUGGACACAGUGAGGGCGAGUAUGUCUCUGUGCAACCUGGUGAUGAUAAGGAGAAACGAUGAGGCUGGUGGUUCGAAUUGUAGCUGAGCCAGGUUGAGAUUAUCGGCGUUAAGGUUAUGCAUCGGAUCAGGCAGGGACUGGACGAGUAUCUCUACUCAAUGAAUUAUGGGCGUUCGGAAAGUGGCAUGGGCGGGCGAGGAAA